AGGGAUGUUAUGCGGGAUAAUAUGAUAAUCAAUCUCACCGGGAAGAAUUUACCCGUUGAUUUGAACAUGGAGCACCUGGUGCGCAUCGGAAAGAGUAUGCUACCAAAUCAUGGAUCACCAAACUACUGGGAAGUUCUUGGUCAUGCAUCAGCAGCUAUUCCAUCCCUCCAGAAAGCACGCGAUGCCUAUGUCAAAGGCCUCAAAGGAAGCUACAUGGGAACAUCACAUACAACACCAGAUACCUCCGCAGCCGUAUGGUCAGUAAUGGAUGCUGCCCAGACUCACAAGCUACAGACAUGCAACCCAGCGCGUAAGGCUGUCAAGAGAACAAUUGAUACCAUACUUACGGGCCGCAAUAAAUUGCAAGCGGGCUCAGUGGAUACAUUCAACAAAAAGAUAGCGGCUAUGGGCUUAGGUGUGGACAGCGGAGCAGAGGAUGAUGAGCUCGAACCAGUAGACAUUGAUGUAUCAAAUUUACAGGAUGAUUGA